UCUUCCUUUUCACUUUCCUCAAAACAGCAACGUCCUCCUUUAUAUAGGCCGCUUCUCUUCCGCAAAAAUAUCAAUCUCAACUAAAAUCAAAAUCUUUUAAAGUAUUCAUCAAUACAGAAACUCUCUGUUUCUCUUUCUGCUAUACUUCUUUGAUUCUUGCUUGAAAUCAAAAUGGAGUGCCGCCCAUUACAGAUCACUGUAAUCUCAGCCAAGGAUAUUAAAGAUGUCAAUGUGUUCUCCAAAAUGGAUGUUUAUGCCGAGGUUUCCAUUCGUGGAGAUCUUUACAAUUCCAAGCAGAAACAGAAAACCCAUGUCGAUAAAGAUUCUGGGACUAAUCCUAAAUGGAACUUUCCCAUGAAAUUCACUAUCCAUGAAACGUCGGCCCAAGCCAACCGCCUUACUCUCCAAUUCAAGCUUGUCUCUGAUCGGAGCUUAGGCGAUAGAGAAAUCGGUGAAGUCCAUGUCCCCAUCAAGGAGUUGCUGGAUAAGAAAUCCGGCGAUGGAAAAACAGAGCAAGAACAGAUUGUCAGCUAUAGCGUCAGGACACCAAAAGGAAAAAGCAAAGGUACUUUAAACUUCUCGUUUAAAUUUGGUGAAAAAUUCGAGGCUCCAUUACAUACGGAGAAGGCGAAGAAGGUAGAUGAUCCAGUUAUGGCAUAUCCGCCUGCGGGAUAUCCAGGUGCCGGAGCUAGUUCUGGUUAUCCAGCUCCAGGCGGAUAUGCACCACCUAAUAUGGCGCAGGGUCCGUAUCCUUAUCCUUACCCAGCACCAGGUGGUUACCCACCGCCUCCACAGCAUGCUUAUGGUGGGUAUCCUCCGGCUCCCGGGUAUGGGUAUUCAGGUUAUCCGCCGGCAGCUGGGUAUGGUGGAUAUCCCGGAAUGGUGCAGCAGGCGCCGCCGAAGAAAAGCAGUGGAGGGAAGAUGGCAUUGGGAUUGGGAGCAGGUUUGCUUGGUGGAUUGUUAGUUGGUGAUAUGAUAUCUGAUGUUGGAGAGAUGGCUUCCUAUGAUGCUGGAUACGAUGCUGGUUUUGAUGAUGGCUUCGAUUUCUGAUUUUUCUUUUUUCUUUCUCUUUUCUUCAAUUUUUUUAUUUAAUUUAAUGUUUUUGAAAGAAGAAGAAGAGAAAUUGCAGGAAUUUACUCAA